AUGUCCUUACAUGAGGCAGAACAUGAGGCCGACAGGUCAGAAGCAAGGAUGGCUGAGGUGUCACAAGAGGAGAGACUCCAGGCCAUCGCUGAGAAAAGGAAGAGGCAGACAGAGAUUGAGAACAAGAGGAGGCAGCUGGAUGAUGAUCGACGGCAACUCCAGCAUCUUAAGUCAAAGGCACUGAGGGAGCGCUGGUUGUUAGAUGGAGCUCCUGCUGAAGAGGAGACGCAGAAGCGUCUGCAGGAAGACGAGGUGAAGACCAAACUUCUGGAGCAGGUCAUUCUCAGGCUAGAGCAAGAAAUUGAAGAACUGGAGACGGGCGUGCCAGCCAACAAGGGUGUGGCCAAAGAAAAUGGAGGUGAGAAUGGAGUAGUGCAGACCUCUGGUCAGACCCCCAAGAGAGAGGUCACAGGCAUAGAAGCCAAGCUGCUGGGCCCCAGUCCUGACCAAGCUAGUGCAGACAACCCAGUUACGCUGGUCUUCAUGGGCUACAAAACCGUUGAGGAUGAGAAGGAGACCAGCACCGCCCUGGGGGUGGAGGGUGUGGACGGCAACGUGAAGGCUGAGUUUGUUGUGAUUGAAGAUGGCGAGGGGAAAGCAGGUGGAGAUGCAGCCAAAGCAGAGCAGGCCCCACCCAAUGGCAGCAUGGCGGAAAAAGAGAAGGCCAAUGGAGGUGGAGAAGAGGGGGAGAAGGAGAAGGAGAAGAAACAGACCUGCAAAUGCUGCACGGUCAUGUGAGCUGUGAUUGUUCAUCUGUAUGUGUGACUGGAUGUGUAUGGGUGAGUACGCAGCUGCCCUUGUGCAGGAAUGUGUGCCAUUGCAUGAGUCUGUAUUUGCAGAUGUAUGUAACUUUGUGUUUGUGUGCAAGUGUGUGUCAGGACUGGGAAAAAAAAAGAAACACAACGGCCGAAGUACAUUUAAACAGCCAACCUACUAACAAUGGGAGCUAAUAUGGGCUCCAGCUACAAGAACCACAGAGACUCAUAAGUACACUUUACGAUAUAUACUUUCUCUGACAUGUAUUUGACUUUUGAUUUCUAUUGAUAUUUUUCUAUUUUUCUGUCUUGACAUUUAUAUUGUAUUCAGUAUGUAUAUCUUUAUUAUGGGAUUGUGUACUGUAUGUUCAUUGUUAUUACUGUUGGAAAAAAGAAAAAUGUAUUGGCUCUCUGGAUUGUACUUCUGCCCAGUUGGGAAAAUUUGGAAACUCUAAAUCAGUCAGAUCAAAAACAUCACACAAUGAAGGACACAGAAACCUAAAUAUAAAAAUAUAUUUCUCUGUGUAGGCCUAUCAACUAUUUAUCAGUCAAUUUCAUAUUGCAAUAUUGUCUAAGAUAUUAUUUUGAAUAGUAUUUUAAUAUAUUGAUAUGAAAUUAUGUUUUAUACAAUGUAUUUAUUGUUUUUGGUUCUCUGUACCAUCUCCAACCAUUAACUGCAUGUAAGCUUGUAAGCACUUCCAACUACCAUGUUACACUCGCAACAAGUGUCUGUGCUUUCGUAGGCUCAUAUGUGCUCAUAUCUUUAGUCACACAAGUCUUUCUGUCUGUAACAGUGAAUAUAAUUGCAGUGUUAGAGGAAUGCGUUAUGUUUAAGAUGAUAUCUACAGCAGAGACUAAAUGAAUUGCUGACCAUGUGGCAAAUUAAAUUAGUUUAAAACUAGAUAUUAUGUGCACACAUGUACAUGAAAAUCACAAGUUUUGUUACCUUGAAUAAGAUGGUUGCGCUGCUUUAGGUUUUGUUAGACCCAUGACACUAUUAUUAGAAAAGCUUAAAUAAUUAUGUUGUCUCACCAGAAAAAUUAAUGUCAAUCUUAAUAAGGUAGCACUGCAUGAAGCCCUGCAGCUUUUUCGACUCAUCACUUGUUAGCUCUUUAUUAUAUGCUAUCGCGUUCACUUGAAUGUAAAUCCAGGGGUUAAAUUGGGAAUUAUUCCACCUUAAUGAAAAUGGGCCAGCUUGAUCAGGUCAACUAAAAGAGAAUUUAAAUAGCUUUUCUUUGUUUCUUUCUUCUUCUUCUUUUUUUUGUCUUUUGAUGAACCAAAUAAAAUCUAAUGAUACUGUUAUUUCACUGUGUUGUUCGGCUGUUGGUUGAUGUCCUGCUCACUCCCAGUUUAACCCCUGACUGUUUGCGCAUAAACCUGAAUCUAAUCACAUCUGCUUGAAUUUACAUGACAUUAGAGGGCAAUGGGGGUAUGCGAACAGAUCUCUCAAGAAAUAACUCUUGAGACAUGAUGAACUCCAUUUUGCCCCAGUAGCAAAGCCUAAUUAGACUUUUCUUUAGUGUUAACUGGAUAAAGAGAACAUGUUCCAGAAGAACAGUCUGGAAAACCAUUAGAAAAAAUUCUGUCAGCCGCUUAAACAAGGCAAUACAUGCGUGUAGACAAAAGCUGUUUAAAGCCUAGGCGAGGCUUGUCCCAGGCUUUGUCUCUAUCUCCUAAUUUGUUGGGAAAACACAUCCAGUGGUCUGGGUCAAUGAGGCUGUACCACCCAUGUGUCUGUUCCCCCCAGGCAAAUUCACGACUUUCACUCACCAACGCCAUUAUUCUGACACAAUAAUCUGUCUUUGUUACUGUCACACUCUAGUCCUACCCUGGUUACCCGCAAUCCAAAACUUCUGAAGUUGGUGCUAAUGCAAAUCUUUCCCCCCACCAACAAUUGUUCAACUUGUUCCCUAUGUCUUACUCAAAUUGCUGGUAAGGCAGUUUCUGCUGCAUAUUCUUGUUCAAUAAGACGAAGUUUAGCAACCUUCAGUGCCAGAAGAAUUCUCUCUAGUCCUGCCUGCAUUUUCCACCAGAGCAUUGAUCCCUUCUUACAUUCCAAAGGGAACUCAGAUGGUGGGGAUGGAUAAAGUACAGCCUAUGCUUUUCACAUGUACAGCUUCACUGUAAUUGUACAACUCCGAUUCUUAUAUUGAUUCAUGUUCUUUUUUUAUGGCCCCUUUGCAAGGGCUGUAUAUUGUAUUUGAUGUUUGUAUUUCAACGAAAGAAAAAAAAAGACUACAUUUGUGUAUUGUCGGUGCCUUUUGUCAGGUUGAUUUGGUUGGACUUCUCCGUCUGAAGCCAUUUUCAGACCGGGGAUUUUUCUUGCUGUGCUCCUGGUAACGAGGACCCACUGGAAUCACUGCCUUUUACUCAGAAAGAGCACUAAGUAUUCAAGUGUCUAACCCUUAUUUUUCACUUGAUAAUAUGAAAUAAAUGCAGCUUGGACAAUAGGUGAUAUGCAGAAUAUUGUUCAUGUGUUCAAUAACCUUUCUAUCCUGUGUCAACUUUAUAAAAAGUCUCUUCUUUUUCUUUUAUCCCACACCUGCAUGAAAGUAAACCAUCACCCAAAGUGAAACGUUUUUAAGACGCUGCAACAUAUGUCUAUAUGCGCACAUGCAUCUGUGUAGAAAUCUAUGUCAAUCUGGUGAGCUGAAGCUUUGCUUAAUAGUGGGUCUCUGGGACAGCUGCAGCAAAAACAACCUUGUGUCAGACCAAUGCCUGUUCUAUCAUCUAUUCUGUGGUCGUCUAAAUGUUUAAGCUUAAAUAGAACUACUGUUUGUUAACCGCAAGUCAGAUUAGUUUGUAUGUAAUGAACCGACUGUAUGCUCAAGGUAUAUCGUGGGUGCGGGUCUGGAAUCUCAGCUGAUGAGAUGAAAUGUGGGCUCACAAACAGACAAUCCCGUCCAGAUAAACUCUCCACUUAAAGUGCUAAGACAGUGGUCUUUUAAAAAGAUUAACCAAGCUGAUACAGUCGAGGUCAGAGGUCUGAGACAUAAGAAUGAAGACCAGGGUGUAGCUGGAGCUGCUACCGAGGUGUACUUAUUUCAUGGUCAAGCAUGUGCCACUAGAGGGCAUAUUUAAACUGUAUUUCAUUUGAAGCCAUUCAACGCUCUUGGUUAAUAACACUUUGUAUGAGAGGGACAGAAGCAGGGUUAAUUGGGGAGACAAAGAGAGGGAGGCAUAAAAACAAAGCUCUCAUUUCAGAGAGGUCAUGUAUUCACCACUCAACACAACAUCUAGAAUAAUAUUGCUGUACUGUGCAUUCAUGCUAAAUCAAAUAAAAGGCUGUGUAAAAAUUCUCCAGAGCUAAACAUUAGUGUGACAUACUCAGUUGGCGAGGGCCUUUUCUGCAUUGAGAAAGAUUAUUGCCUUUUGGAUGGAGGCAGCAAUCUUGCUCCAUGUCUACAAGACAGAGAACAUAUUGUGUGCUAUUUUUUUAGGUCACAUCCAUCCCUGACGAUGCUUUUCCACACUUCAAUUAAAAAAAAUUACUGGAUUGCUCCACUGGAAUAUAGAGAUUCAUGAAAGAGUGAAUGGGAUGUGGAUGUUUGAAUGUUAAAUGUAUAUUAAAGGUAAAAGUUCAGACACAAAUGGAAGCAUAGCAAACAUAAAUCAUUCCAACUGGCUCCAGAAGGAUAGCAAAAUCUAAUUUCUGCCAUGCUAUCAGUUACCCAUAAUUACCUUUCCUCGGCAACUGGUUUGUUAGGACAGGCACAUGAACGUAAUGUAAUGAAACUAUCAUACUCAUGAAAUCAGCACACAGACCUCAGUCGUGCCACAUUGUCACAACAGCAGCAGCUGUCCAUGGCUCACAUUUUCCAGAAACCCAUCUUUCUCUCUCACCACAUCAACAACACUUGUCACUCAUCUUGUAGCCCUGUCACCAGCCACCUCAUCUAAGUUCCUGCUACCUCUCAGCCUCGGAUCUCAACGAAACUCAUUCAGUGGUAACGUCUCGCCGCCCUCUUGCUUGGAUCGGCAUAUCUUUCACCAUUGUCUUUUGCAGUUUGAAAUAAAGUUUAUACAAGUACAAAAGAUGGUCUGCGACUUGAUAUUUCCACUCACAAAAAACUGAGUAUCAG